AUGCAGAAUCGGAAUGACACCGCCAGCACAAGGCAGUCGAAUAGGGCACCCACGGCGCAAGACAGUGGACGGCCGCAGCAAUAUCUGCAACGACAACAGACUCAAAAGAAGGCUGAGGACACCUACUAUGUCGACAACGACUACUACUCAUUGAAUCCGUGGUAUGAGCAGCAGCCUGCUAAGCCACUCUUCGGGUUGGGUCGACCCUUUCCAAGAACGGUCCGCCCUGGCAUGUUGUGGGGCCGUAAGCGCUCAGAGCAACCCGAUCAACAAGACCAAGAGCAAGGACAGGGACAAGGAGGUCAGUAUCAGCAGAGUCAGAUGAGCCGUAUAGAAGGCACCCAAGGUGUUCGGACUCUGCAAAUCCCACCGCAGAUCGAUGAGUACGGAGAGGCUCAGCCUCCUCCUGAUCGCUUCGAGGCAGAUCUCGAUGGGUACAAGUACAUCGUAACUCGCAUCAAAGACGAGGAAGCCGAGUCUCCCGACUAUGAGCGCGACGUAGGGCGUGAAGACCAAUAUGACCACCGUGACCAGCAGAAGACGGAAACCUCAGCUGAAGCGCACCAAGGCCUGCAAUCGCCGACAAUGAUCCCAGAUAGUAUGGGCGACAACUUUCACGGUGACCACCCGCCCCUGGAUGACGAGCAGUCGGUUGCCACGGCUGAGACGCACGCGGAGAAGCAGGAGAUUCGUCAGCGGGAAGAGGAGGCCAUUCAGGACUACUACAACACAUACAGGAAUCCGCUGUCGCGGUUUCGCGCGCGUUACCCUGAGGCAUUUGCGGAAUUUCUCUCAACUACGGUAUACCUAUUCUUCGGCCUAGCAGGAGGCAUAUACUCGAUCACGUAUCCAGCCGCAGAAGGCGACUACAUCACGCAGUCCUGGGCGUGGGGCCUCGCCGUCACCGCCGGCAUCUACAUCGGCGGCGGUGUAUCUGGCUCGCACAUGAACCCUUGGAUCUCGAUCGCGUUUUCCGUCUUCCGCGGCUUUCCUAGGAAGAUGUGCGCCGUGUACUGCUGCAUGCAGAUCCUGGCUGGCUUCGCUGCCGGGACACUGGCAUGGUUCAUCUACCGCGACGCCAUCCUCCACAUCGACCCGGCUCUCACCCCCUCCAUCACCGGCAAAGCGCUCUACACCAUCCCGGCAUCUUACGUCUCCGUCCCCACCGCAUUCUUCAACGACUUCCUCUCCGCCGCGCUCUAUACCUGUGUCGCCUUCGCCAUUGGAGACGACUCCAACACGCCGCCCGGGUCUGGCAUGUCCGCCCUAAUAUACGGCCUAAUGUCCUUCCUGCUCUGCAUUUGCUUUGGCUAUAACGGGCUCGGCGUCUCCCCAGCGCGAGAUCUCGGACCCCGCUUCAUCGCGUGGUGGGUUGGGUACGGGCCUGAGACAUUCUCGUCAGGGUGGUGGGCGUAUGGGCCUGUUGCCGCAGGCUUAUCUGGGGCGCUGACGGGCGCACUGGUGUAUGAUGUUUUUGUGUUUGUGGGCGGGGAGAGUCCUGUGAAUUAUCGGUGGCCGACUCCGCGAGAGGUCAAGGAUAAAGUUCGAGAAGUGAGGGGGGAGAGGAAGGGCGAGAGAGAGGGAGGGGAUGAGGAGGUGUAG